AUGGCCCAAUCAUCAAUAACAUCAAAACAUACCCUUCAUUCAAUUUUCAUUGAAGCAAACGUUAAAUUAAUUUUUUCAAAUGAUUUAAUUCUUUUUAAAGGUGCAACAAAAAAAUUUCAAGACCAAUUAGAUCAAAUGAAUGUACAAUACCCAGAUUCAUAUGUAACAGGUUCUUUAUGUUUCUCUAUUGAUGCAUGGAAAAAAGUAACACAUAUCUCAGUUCCAAGUGACCUUAAAUCAGUAAAUACACUUUCAUUUUUACCAAAUGCUAAUCAAAGAGAUUUUUUUAUUCACAUUUCCUCCGAUCGUUUUGAUGUUGCUUUUCAGUUAACACAAGAUACAAUCAAAAAUUUUGGGAAUACCAUUAGAAUCGAGCAAGAGGUACAUGGGUUUAGAAGAAUAGAAAGCCGUGAUUUAAGUGGUUUUAUCGAUGGUACUGGAAAUCCACAAACUGAUGUUGAUAGAGAAAAUACCACACUCAUACCACAGGGGCAACCCCAUGAAAAUGGAAGUUAUGUUUUUGCACAACGUUGGAUACAUCAUUUAGAAAAUUGGGAACAACAAUCAGUGCAAUAUCAACAAGAUACCAUAGGAAAAGUAAAAAAAGAUAGUGGUUUCAUUCCACCAGCCAAUCGUCCUGCUAAUUCACAUGUAUCAAGAGUUGGAAUUGUUGAAAAUGGCACAAGGUUGAAGAUAUUAAGACAAUCUCUUCCAUAUGGUUUAGCAUCUGGUGAAAAAGGUUUGUUUUUUGUUGCUUUUACAAAUAAAUUCCAUAAUAUUGAAGUAAUGUUAAAAUCAAUGUUUGGUAAAACUGAUGGUAAACAGGAUUUAAUAUUAAGAUUCACUGUGCCAAGUAGUGGGAGUAUAUACUAUGCCCCUUCAAAAGAAGAGUUGUAUAAUUUAUAA